UGCAAUGUGUGCAUGUGUACGUGUAAUGCAGCUCCAAUAUUAUUUAUUUCUUAUCAUUACAAGUUAAUAUAAUUUUGUCAUUUUCAGUGAAAAAUUCAUAUACACCAUACAUUUAAGUUACAAGUAACUUACAUACUAAUACAUUAAAUGGAGCGCUAUAUCGUAUAAAGCAGUGAGAGAGAAACUGCACAGUUUGUGAAUAAAGAUAUAAACAUUCCAGAACUUCCAGUACCUGUACUUCUUACACUUUUGUGCAAGUUGUACAAUUUUAUGAUCAUUAGUGGUUGGUGAAAUACGUAAUAAAAUAUGGCUACUAAUGUUGAUGUGUACGAUGAUCUCUACCUGUAUGCCACUACAGAUAAAUUUUACAUAGAACCAAUGAGAACUAAAAUUUUGCUUGUCAUUGAUAGAACAACCCAUCAAAUUUACACACAAGCUGCAAAUCCUAGUCAAAUCCCACAAACAGCUAGUAGACGUAAAAUAUGGGGAAUAGUUGGAAUUGUCAGGCUACUGUCGUGUCCUUACUUGAUUGUCAUAGAUGAUGCUGAAAAGGUUGGCACAGUAGCUAAUCAAAAUAUAUUCAAAAUUCUGGCCACACAUAUAAUACCUUACACGAGGUCUAUGCUUCAUCUGGAUGAAAAACAAAUUCGCAAUAAUGAGUUUUACUUGGAAAUGGUGAAAUCUAUCUUAAAUACUCCUCACUUUUACUUUAGUUAUACAUAUGACUUGAGCCAUACAAUGCAGAGGCUUCACAACACACCACCAGAAUUUAUUCAAAUGCCAUUACACGAUAGAGCAGAUCCACGGUUUAUUUGGAAUUCUUAUUUGCUUCAAGAUCUCGUAGCAAGACCUGAACAUCAUAAAUUUUGUCUUCCAAUUAUUCAUGGCUUUUUAUCACUAAACACUGUAGUUGUAAAUGGUAUUUCAUUUAAUUGGGGUAUUAUAUCUCGACGCUCAGUUCACAGAGCAGGAACAAGAUUAUUUUCUCGUGGUAUAGAUGCUAAUGGUAAUGUUUCAAAUUUCGUUGAAACAGAGCAAAUUGUAGAAGCCAAUGGAAGUAAAAGUUCAUUCGUUCAAACUCGCGGGUCCAUACCAUUGUUUUGGCAGCAAACUCCAAACUUGAAGUACAAACCAAAGCCGGUUUUAGCUUCUAACGAAAGCCACUUGAUAGCUUGUGCCAGGCACUUUGAGAGUCAAAUAUUUCAUUAUGGAAAGCAAAUACUAAUCAACUUGAUUGACCACAAAGGUGCUGAAGCAACUUUGGAAAAAGCGUACAGAGAUAUUGUGCAAGAACUAAAAAAUCAAAACAUAAAGUAUGAAGCCUUUGACUUUCAUGCUGAAUGUGGAAAAAUGCAAUGGCACAGAUUAGAAAUUUUAAUGGCUCGUCUUGCUCAUGAUCAAGAACAAAUGGGAUACUUUUUAUUGACGCGAGAUAACGUUUUGUUGUCCGUACAAGAUGGCAUUUUCAGAACCAAUUGUAUUGAUUGUUUAGACAGAACCAAUGUAGUACAAAGUAUGUUGGCCAAGAGAGUUCUUACCGAUACAUUAUCUAAACUAGAGAUAUCACGAAAUAUGGCUGAACAUCCAUCACUUGAAUACCUAUUUAAGCAGGUAUGGGCAGAUAAUGCCGAUAUCAUAAGUAUUCAAUACUCUGGAACAAGUGCUUUGAAAACUGAUUUCACACGAACAGGGAAACGCACUAAAAUGGGUGCCAUUAAAGAUGGUGUAAAUUCCUUGACUAGAUAUUACAAAAAUAACUUUACAGAUGGCUUUCGACAGGAUGCUAUAUCUUUAUUUUUGGGACGUUAUAUAGUACAAGACGGGGAGUGUUUAACCGUGACAUGUCCAUUAGAGUCGGAAAGAAACUGGCGUUACGUUACGUUCCCACUAGUACUUUUGGUUGCAUCAGUAAUGUUUGUAGCUCAUAUAAUACUGCCUUCAAAAUAUAGUACAGAAACUCUUCUUUACAUGCUUUUUUGGGCAGCAAUGGUGGCUGGUACUUUUGCAACAAUUAUUCAUCAUGGCAAGCAAUAUGUUAAUAAACCCAAACUUUCGUAAUUUGACUAUAGAAGAUAUUUAAUAUUAUAUCUCAAAAUUAAAUAUAUAUUUAUUUCACAAGUAAUUGCAUUAUUAUUAUUAUUACUACUA